AUGGACAAAUACCCUUCUCUUCUCAUUGGACACGAGAAUGCCUCACCUCUACCGACCGGGGUCAACCUGAAGGGCGAAGCGCUGAUGAACGACAUACAGAAGGACGAGUGGGGCAAGCUAGUGCUCAGCAAGGCAUACGUCGAGUUCGUGGAUCCAAUUGAUAAAACUAAUAAUGGGUUCGGCUUUGACAUCUAUUAUAUGCAGAAUGCUCCGGACGAGAUAGAGUAUGCCGGAAAGCUGCACGAAAGGAUCAGAAGAGAAUUUCCCGAGAAUCUAUCGAUUCUGGGAGUGCUUUACGGGGGGACUCACCCCGUCGCAAUGUUUGAAGUGGAUACUUUUACGCCUCACAUGACGGGGACGUUGUUCUCCUGGCUGGUGGUGAACCUCUCAUGUGUCUUUAUACAUCCAAAUACUGAUGAGUAUCGUGACCAUACAGAGCUUGUCACUUGGGUGGGUAGGCCCUGGCUUUUGAAUAUGAUAUGUUGAAUCGCCAUUGAAUUCUGGGUUGGUGACCUUGAUUUUCUGCAUUGAUGCUAGGCUGAUGCUAACAUCUGUAGAUAUGAGCAGAUCUGUUUUUUUACUCGUCG